GUCAUCAGAUCAUCACUAUCUACUCGCUUUCCCAUUCUGAAUCAGUUUUUUGUCUGCAAAUCAAAGUGGAAAGGACAUGGCGGUGCCUACUGUUACGAUGGAGGUCGGAAACGACGCCGUUGCUCUCAUCACCAUCUCCAAUCCUCCCGUUAACGCCUUAGCUCUUCAAAUAUUUGCGGGAUUGAAGGAGAAGUUUACGGAGGCAUUGAGGAGAGACGAUGUUAAAGCUAUAGUUUUGACUGGAAAGGGCGGGACGUUCUCUGGCGGUUUUGACAUCAACGUAUUUAAAAAAGUUCAUGAGACUGGAGAUAAUUCUUUAUUGCCUAAUGUGUCUGUUGACCUCUUGUCCAACACAAUAGAAGAUGCCAAAAAACCGGUUGUUGCUGCCAUGCAAGGACUUGCACUUGGAGGUGGCUUAGAAUUGGCAUUGGCAUGCCAUGCACGCAUUGCCGCAACUAGAGCUCAGCUUGGCUUGCCAGAGCUCACCCUUGGUGUUAUCCCUGGCUCUGGAGGCACACAGCGUCUUCCAAGACUUGUUGGAUUGCCAAAGGCUAUUGAAAUGAUGCGAACAUCUAAACCUAUAACAUCAGAAGAAGGGAAUAAAUUAGGUCUUGUUGAUGCAGUUGUGCCCCCAGCAAAAUUGAUUGAUGUGUCACGCCAAUGGGCACUAGAUAUUGCUGCAUGUCGCAAACCUUUGUUGCGUUCCCUUCACAGGACUGACAAACUUUGUGCCCUUUCAGAAGCACUCAAUAUUUUGAAAGUGGCUAGACAACAGGCAAAGCAAACUGCUCCCAACUUGCCUCAUCACCUGGUAUGCAUUGAUGUAAUUGAAGAAGGUAUUCUCCAUGGAGGACAUAGUGGAGUGUUAGAGGAGGCCAGAGUAUUUAAGGAUAAGCUUGUAUUAUCAGAUACUUCUAAAGGUCUUGUUCAUGCAUUUUUUGCACAAAGGGCGACAUCUAAGGUGCCUAGCAUCACUGAUAUAGGCCUCAAACCAACAUCAAUAAAGAAAGUUGCUGUUAUUGGUGGGGGUUUAAUGGGUUCUGGUAUAGCUACAGCUCUUCUUCUGAGCAAUAUAACUGUUGUUCUUAAGGAAAUUAACCCUGAAUACCUUAGCAAGGGAUUAAAAACCAUUGAAGGAAAUGUUCGUGGUUUGGUGUCAAGGAAGAAGUUGGCUCAAGACAAAGCUGAAAAGUCUCUGUCAAUUCUUAAAGGUGCACUGGAUUACUCAGAAUUUAGGGAUGUGGAUAUGGUUAUAGAGGCUGUGAUUGAAAAUGUUCCACUGAAACAAAAGAUAUUCAGUGACAUUGAGAAGGCAUGUCCUUCACAUUGUAUUUUGGCAACCAACACAUCAACUAUAGACCUCAACAUAAUUGGCCAGCAGACCAGAUCUCAAGAUCGGAUUAUAGGGGCCCACUUUUUUAGUCCUGCUCAUGUGAUGCCUCUUUUGGAGAUCGUACGGACAGAGAAGACUUCAGCUCAAACAAUUCUUGACCUUAUUACAGUUGGGAAAGCAAUAAAAAAAGUACCAGUUGUUGUUGGUAAUUGUACUGGCUUUGCUGUCAAUAGGACCUUCUUUCCAUACUCACAGGGAGCACAUUUCCUGGUCAACCUGGGAGUGGAUGUUUUCAGGAUUGACAAGCUAAUUGCAGAUUUUGGUCUCCCUAUGGGCCCAUUCCAGCUUCAAGAUUUAUCAGGAUAUGGUGUUGCUGUUGCAGUAGGAAAAGAAUUUGCUUCUGCUUUUGCAGACCGUACAUAUCAGUCUCCUUUGCUUGACCUCCUUAUUAAAAGUGGACGGAAUGGUAAAAAUAAUGGAAAAGGAUACUACAUUUACGAGAAGGGAAGUAAACCAAAACCUGAUCCUUCAGUACUUCCACUUGUAGAGCAGUCUAGAAGGCUCACUAACAUUAUGCCUGGAGGGAAGCCGAUAUCUGUCACCGACCAAGAAAUUGUCGAGAUGAUACUGUUUCCUGUUGUUAAUGAGGCAUGUCGAGUCUUGGAUGAAGGGAUAGUUGUUCGAGCAUCAGAUCUUGAUGUUGCUUCUCUUCUUGGAAUGAGUUUCCCAUCUUACCGUGGCGGAAUUGUUUACUGGGCAGACACUGUUGGUGCCAUGCACAUAUACACGAGCCUCAAGAAGUGGUCAGAAUUGUACGGUAUUGGGAACUUCUUCAAGCCGUCGAGAUUCUUAGAAGAGAGAGCACUGAAAGGCAUCCGAUUGAGUGCACCUGCUUCGACGUCUUCAGCUACAAGAUCGCGUAUCUAAGACACUGUUUGGCUGACGAUCCAACCUUCGAAUAUGCCCAGAUGGAAAUAAAUCCCAUAUGCUGCCCAAUAAAUGUAUGCAUAAUAGAAUUGUUCAUUUGUUUUUAUAUUUUACAAGUUUCAAAAUUGUGAUUUAGAGGUAUCUUUUCCCUUGCCUAAUAAGAGUCAUGGAAUGACAUUCUAAUUCAAUAAUGUUGUUUUUU